CACCAAAAUAAAUGUUUUGAAUGGGCUGGAGCAAGUACGCUAGCCCAGUGGUUCAGAAGUAAAUGUUUUGAAGUUAGAGAGAGAGAGAGGAGGAGGAAGAUGGUUGUAGCGUUGGAUUUGCAGGAUUUCCUUCUGCGAGCUAGGGUUCUUAAGCUUUACAGACAUGCUCUCAGGAUUUCGAGGAGAGCCCCGCCUGAUUCUAAAGAUGAAGUGAGACAGAUUAUCAGACAAGAGGUGGAAAACAACAGGACUUGCAAAGACAAACAGAGGAUUAAGUUUUUGAUCAGUGAUGGACAGGAGAGGUUGAAGCGGUUAGAUGAGACGCUCGAUAUGCAAGGACGUUAAUGUUAGUUAAAGAGUCUUGAACCUUUACUAAUCUUGCUCACACACUUUUUGUGCUGAAGAUGUAAUUUGCUCCACUUUUUUUUUUAUUGGAUAAACAGAAAUUUUAAAGACAGCAUAACAUUUGUUCUACUUUUUUUAGUGUACAAGAUGUUAUGUAUACAUUGACAAAACAAGUCCUGCAAUUAUUCAUUGAACCUAGAAUCUUUUGGAGUUGCCUAAAA